UUGUUCCUGGCAAAGCCUAAACCUUAUCCCUCCAAAACCCCAAUUUUCCUCUGCACCAAGCAAUUAUCUUUCAUCUUCCAGCUUCAAAUUCACUCUCACCUCCUUCUUCCUCUUCUCCUUCUUCUCUUCACUCUGCACCCUCUCUCAGAGCAGCGACAUGUUCACUUCUUCAACCCCCACUUCCCUCCGCACCCCAAUCCUUCAUCACCCACUUCCCUCCUCACCCUUCCGUACCAACUUCUCCCCUCUCACCCUCCCACCUUUCCACCGCACCCUCUCCUUCCUUCCCCCUCCGCCGCUCCUCCCGGAGGUUCCCGCCAUCUCGACCGCCGCGAAGGCGGACAAGUCCGGCGAGCAGAAGUGGGUCCACGAGGGCCUUAUCAUGGAGUCCCUCCCCAACGGCAUGUUCCGUGUUCGCCUCGACAACGAGGACCUCAUCCUUGGCUACAUCUCCGGCAAAAUCCGAAAAAAUUACGUUCGAAUCCUCCCCGGUGACAGGGUUAAGGUGGAGGUCAGCCGCUACGACUCCUCCAAAGGACGCAUCGUUUAUAGGCUUCGCUCCAGCACCCCCUCCUAAUACACCCACAACCUGUUUCAAAAAUUCACCAACACAACGAUGGGCAGUAUUUUCGAUUCCCAAUCCUUGACGCUGCGGGAAAUUACAGAAAAUUACAGACCAAUGUGAUAACAUUGUGGAGGCCCCGAAAACACUGUCAGUGCCAUAAGAUAUUGCGGUUCCAGACCGUUUUUUUUAACCUCCAGUGAUGUGUUUGUGGUGAAAUUGGGUUUCUUUGCAUUAAUUGAAGCUUCUGUUUUAGUGUUUAAAACCGUAAAGGUUAAUCAUUUUAGUCUAUAUCAUCGUUUUAGCUUCUGACUUGGAAAAGGUUCAUUCAUUGUUACAAGAUUUUCUGAUAGGAGGCAAUAUGUAAAACUUUAAG